AUGGGUAAUAGUACAGUUUUUAGUAUGAACCUAGAAGGUAUGUAAGUCAGGACAGUACGAGAUUGUACUCAUUUAAAGGUAAAAGAGAUUAAAGUUAUGGCUCGCCCAGUUGAUAUACCUGUUGUUAAGUAUUUAGGAGCUGAGCAUAUGUUUCUAGUUUUGGAGCUAGAAAAUGGAGUUCUAAUAAUCAAUCAUAUAUCUGAUGGUGAUGGCGGAAAAGGAGCAAAGGUAGUAUUUGAAAAACUCCCUGAAUCUGAAGUUGAUGAAAAACAUACUACUGUCUUAGAAGUACGCCUAAAAAGUUCUCCUGCCACUUUGCAAGAUAUGAUAUCAUAUGCAAAAUAAUAUUAGGAAGAUCAUCCCACUUAUAAAAUCCUUUCAAAGAAUUGCUAGUUCUACUGUGUUGAGAUGCUAAAAAAGCUGCAUAUAGAGGACCAUCUCAUUAUAAUCGUAUCUAACUACAGCGAUGAUAACAUGUAAACUACAGCUCUCAAAGGUGGACUAGGAUUAGCUGUAGCACUAGCUGGAAUUGGACUUGCUGCAUAGGGAUUAUCAAGUAAUGAUGAAAAAAAAAAGAAAGACGAAUUUGAAGACUUGCUAGCUUAACUUGACUAGAUAUGA